AUGAUCUAUCUAUCAACCGAAGCAUUUAUUUCAUGUCUCAAACGAUUCUUCUCUCGAAGAGGAGUGUCCAAAACAAUUCGAUCCGAUAAUAAUACUAAUUUUGUCGGAGCUGAUAACGAAUUAAAGAAAUUGUUUGAAGAAAUCGAUUCCACAAUCAAAAAUGAAACAGUGCAAAAUUUCAUUGCAAAUAAAGGUAUUACGUGGACAUUUAAUCCUCCCAGGGCUCCACAUUUUGGUGGGCUUUGGGAAGCAGCUGUUAAAUCAUUUAAAAAACAUUUUACACGGACAGCUGGUGUGUCGCUUCUUUCAUAUGAACAAUUACAUACAUACGUUGUAGAGAUUGAAGCAAUAUUAAACUCUCGCCCUUUAACCGCAUUAUCCUCUAAUCCAAAUGAUUUUACUCCAUUGUCUCCUGCUUAUUUCCUGAUUGGUAGUUCAAUGACUAGCAUUUCACAAGAAGAUCUUCGCAAUUUACCAAUUGGUUGUCUCAGCGCAUGGCAAAUUAUACAGCAAAUGCGACAUCACUCUUAG